AUGCUGCUCUCUGGUUCAGACAAAAAUCGGGCCGUGCAGGCAGCAGAGCGCUUGCAGGCCAAGCUGAGGGAACGUGGGGACGCAGCGAAUGAAGACAAGCUGAGCCUUCUCAAGUCAGUGCUCCAGAGCCCGCUCUUCAGCCAGAUUCUGACCCUUCAGACUUCCAUACAGCAGCUGAAAGACCAGGUAAACAUUGCAACUUCAACAAUUUCAAAUGUCGAGUAUGGUCACAUUCCACAUCUCAGCCCAGGUGUAAUUCCUACUCUACAAAAUGAAUCAUUUUUAUCAUCCCCAAAUAAUGGAAAUCUGGAAGGUCUUACAGGAUUGGGUACUGCACAUAUCAAUGGGAAACCUGCUUGUGAUGAAUUUGAUCAACUGAUCAAAAAUAUGGCCCAGGGUCGCCAGAUAGAAGUUUUUGAGCUCCUCAAACCUCCAUGUGGAGGCCUUGGGUUCAGUGUGGUGGGACUGAGGAGUGAAAACCGGGGAGAGCUGGGUAUAUUUGUGCAGGAGAUCCAGGAGGGCAGUGUGGCCCAAAGAGAUGGAAGAUUGAAGGAAACUGACCAGAUCCUUGCUAUUAACGGACAGGCACUUGAUCAGACAAUUACACAUCAGCAGGCCAUCAGCAUCCUGCAGAAAGCCAAAGAUACUGUCCAGCUGGUUAUUGCCAGAGGCUCAUUGCCUCAGCUCAUCAGCCCCAUAGUUUCCCGUUCUCCAUCUGCGGCGAGCACACUGUCAGCUCAUUCUAAUCCAGCUCACUGGCAGCAUGUGGAAACUAUUGAAUUGGUCAAUGAUGGUUCUGGUCUGGGGUUUGGCAUCGUAGGAGGAAAAGCAACUGGUGUGAUUGUGAAGACCAUUCUGCCUGGAGGUGUAGCUGAUCAGCAUGGGCGAUUAUGCAGUGGAGACCACAUUCUAAAGAUUGGUGAUACAGACCUAGCAGGAAUGAGCAGUGAGCAGGUAGCCCAAGUCCUCAGACAGUGUGGAAAUAGAGUGAAGUUGAUGAUCGCAAGAGGUGCCAUUGAAGAACCAACAGCAGCUGCCUCUUUGGGCAUCACCCUGUCCUCAUCCCCAGCUUCUACUCCAGAAUUGCAGGUUGAUGCUUCAACUCAGAAAAGUGAAGAAAGUGAGACAUUUGACGUAGAACUCACAAAAAAUGUCCAAGGAUUAGGAAUUACCAUUGCUGGAUACAUUGGAGAUAAAAAAUUAGAACCUUCAGGGAUCUUUGUUAAGAGCAUUACAAAAAGCAGUGCUGUGGAGCAUGAUGGAAGAAUCCAAAUUGGAGACCAAAUUAUAGCAGUAGAUGGCACAAACCUUCAGGGCUUUACCAAUCAACAAGCAGUGGAGGUGUUGCGACACACGGGGCAGACUGUACAUCUGACGCUAAUGAGAAGAGGCACCAAGCAGGACGCUGAGUCGGCGUCACGGGAGGACAUCACAAAAGACGCGGCUUCGUCUCCUGUUAAUGCAAGUGUUAGCAAAGAUACUUAUCAAGAAGAUGAAGAUUCUUUAUCGCUGAGGAGAAACACCAGCAUAUUACCAAUUGAAGAAGAAGGUAAACACAUGGAGCCAGUGUCAGCUGACAGAGAGGAAACAGAAGAUGCUCAACAGCAGGAAGCUGCCCUGCUGGCCAAGUGGCAGAGGAUGAUGGGGAUUAAUUAUGAGAUAGUGGUGGCUCAUGUGAGCAAGUUCAGCGAGAACAGUGGCUUGGGAAUAAGUCUGGAAGCAACGGUAGGCCAUCAUUUUAUCCGAUCUGUUCUCCCGGAAGGUCCCGUUGGACACAGUGGGAAGCUCUUCAGUGGAGAUGAGCUCUUGGAAGUGAACGGCAUAACCCUUCUUGGGGAGAGUCACCAGGACGUGGUGACUGCUCUGAAAGAGCUUCCUGUAGAGGUGACAAUGGUGUGCUGUCGUCGAACGGUGCCACCUGCUGCGCCGUCGGAGUUGGAGAGCCUGGACUUAGGUGACAUCGAACUGACAGAAAAGCCUCACGUAGAUCUAGGUGAACUCAUCGGGUGCUCGGAGACAGAGGAUCCUGUGCUGACUAUGACUGAUGUGGGUCAGAAUGCAGAGGAAGUUCAAGGACCUUUGGCUAUGUGGGAAGCUGAUGUUCAGAACAUAGAGCUGGAGAAAGGGAGCAAAGGACUUGGUUUUAGCAUUUUAGAUUACCAGGAUCCAAUUGAUCCAGCAAGCACUGUGAUCGUCAUUCGUUCUUUGGUGCCUGGUGGAAUUGCCGAAAAGGAUGGACGACUACUCCCUGGAGAUCGACUCAUGUUUGUCAAUGAUGUUAACUUGGAAAACAGCAGUCUCGAGGAAGCUGUACAGGCCCUGAAGGGUGCACCAUCAGGAACUGUGAGAAUAGGAGUUGCCAAGCCUCUGCCUCUGUCCCCAGAAGAGGGUUAUGUUUCUGCUAAGGAGGAUUCCUUUCUCUACCUGCCACAUUCCUGCGAGGAGGAAGGGCUGGCUGAUAAAGCCCUCUUCAGGGCUGACUUGGCUCUGGUGAGCGCAAACGAUGCUGACUUAGCAGAUGAGUCUGCCUUGGAGUCACAGCGCUCUCCUGAUAAUGACAGUAUCUACUCCGCUCAAGCCUCUAUUUUACCUCUUCGUGGCAGUGCUUGUAGUGAUAACCUGAAUUAUGGUCCCUCCCUUCCAUCUUCUCCUCCCAAGGAUAUUACUGAAAAUUCCUCAGAUUCAGUACUUGAUCUGCAGAUGUCCUUGGAGGAGCUAUAUGCCCAAAAUCUCUUGCAAAGGCAGGAUGAGAGUUCGCCUUCAGUGGACUUGAGCAUGGGGCCGGCUUCUGGCUUUGCCGUGAAUGACUAUACACCUGCAAAUGCUAUUGAACAGCACUAUGAAUGUGACAGCAUCAGAGCAUGGACUGAGUCUCACCUACCAAAUGAAGUUGUAUCAAGUGCAGAGCUGAAUUCUCAUGUGCCGACUGAUUCGACUGGAAAGAGCUCCAAGUUCUUAAUUCCUCAAGGUUCCCUGGCCUCUGCUGCUGAGUGCGUCAUGCUCCAAAAUGCACCCAGAGAAUCUUUCGAGAGGACUAUUGCAAUAGCAAAAGGCAAUUCCAGCUUAGGAAUGACAGUAAGUGCUAAUAAAGAUGGCUUGGGGGUGAUUGUUCGAAGCAUUAUUCAUGGCGGCGCCAUUAGUCGAGAUGGUCGGAUUGCUGUUGGGGACUGCAUCUUGUGCAUUAAUGAAGAAUCUACUAUCAGUUUAACCAAUGCCCAGGCACGAGCCUUGUUGAGAAGACAUUCUCUCAUUGGGCCUGACAUAAAAAUUACUUAUGUACCUGCAGAAUAUUUGGAAGAGUUCAAAAUAAGCUUGGGGCAGCAAUCUGGAGGAAUAAUGGCACUGGAUAUUUUUGCUUCCUACACUGGCAGAGACAUCCCGGAGCUACCCGAGCGAGAAGAAGGAGAGGGGGAAGAAAGUGACCUUCAAAAUGCAGCCUACAGCAACUGGAAUCAGCCUCGGCGGGUUGAACUUUGGCGAGAACCAAGCAAAUCCUUGGGCAUCAGCAUUGUUGGUGGACGAGGGAUGGGGAGUCGUCUAAGCAAUGGUGAAGUGAUGAGGGGCAUUUUCAUCAAACAUGUUCUUGAAGAUAGUCCAGCUGGCAAAAAUGGAACCCUGAAACCUGGAGAUAGAAUAGUAGAGGUGGAUGGCAUGGACCUCAGAGAUGCAAGCCAUGAACAAGCUGUGGAAGCCAUUCGGAAGGCAGGCAGCCCCGUAGUCUUUGUGGUACAGAGCAUUGUAAACAGACCAAGGAAAUCCCCUUUGCCUUCCUUGCCGCACAACCUUUACCCUAAGUACAAGUUCAGCAGCACUAACCCAUUUGCUGAUUCUCUACAGUUCAACGCUGACAAGGCAUUACAGAAUUCAAGUAGAGUUCUCUUCCGUUGUUCCCCAACUAAUCCUUUUGCUCCCACACCAUUUAAGGUGCCCAGUCAGUCAGAAUCAGAGUCAGAAAAGCCUCCUCUAUGCCACUCACCUCCACCCCUGCCUCCAGUGUUGGCAGAAAUGAGUGGGGAUCACGCUCUGUCAUCUGCAAAUGAAACCUCAGAAGAUGUGGAUGAAGAGGAUGAAUUUGGUUACAGCUGGAAAAAUAUCAGAGAACGUUACGGGAGCCUCACAGGCGAGCUCCACAUGAUCGAACUAGAGAAAGGUCGUAGUGGUUUGGGUCUGAGUCUUGCUGGGAACAAAGACCGAUCGAGAAUGAGUGUUUUUAUAGUGGGGAUUGAUCCAAAUGGAGCAGCUGGGAAAGAUGGUCAACUGCAGGUUGCAGAUGAGCUUCUAGAGAUCAAUGGUCAAAUUUUAUAUGGAAGAAGUCAUCAGAAUGCUUCAUCAAUCAUCAAAUGUGCCCCUUCUAAAGUAAAAAUAAUUUUUAUCAGAAAUAAAGAUGCAGUGAGUCAGAUGGCCGUAUGUCCUGGGCAUACAGUGGAACCUUCACCUGCUACCUCAGAGAAUCUUCAAAAUAAGGAGGCUGAACCCAGUGUUCCUACUUCUGAUGCAGUUGUUGACCUCAGUUCAUUGACGAAUGUGCAGCAUUUAGAACUUCCUAAGGAUCAGGGGGGUUUGGGCAUUGCCAUAAGUGAAGAAGAUACACUCAGUGGGGUCAUCAUAAAGAGUCUAACAGAGCACGGGGCAGCAGCCAAGGAUGGACGGCUGAAAGUUGGAGAUCAGAUCUUGGCUGUAGAUGAUGAAGUUGUUGUUGGCUAUCCUGUUGAAAAGUUUAUUAACCUUCUGAAAACCGCAAAGACAAAAGUGAAAUUGACGGUUCGUGCUGAGAAUCCAGACUCCCAGGCUACUACUUCAGUAACUGCUGCAGCCAGUGGAGAAAAAAAGAGCAGCCCCCAGUCUCCAGUGGUCCCACCGCCCAGCUCUCCAGAGCCAGAGCCGAUGCGAAGUACAAGCAGGUCGUCAACACCAGCAAUCUUUGCUUCUGAUCCUGCAACCUGCCCCAUCAUCCCAGGCUGUGAAACAACAAUUGAGAUUUCCAAAGGGCGGACAGGACUGGGCCUGAGCAUUGUUGGGGGAUCCGACACACUGCUGGGUGCCAUUAUUAUCCAUGAAGUUUAUGAAGAAGGAGCAGCAUGUAAAGAUGGAAGACUUUGGGCUGGAGAUCAGAUUUUAGAGGUAAAUGGAAUUGACUUGAGGAAGGCCACACAUGAUGAAGCAAUAAAUGUCCUAAGACAGACACCACAGAGGGUGCGCCUGACGCUCUACAGAGAUGAGGCCCCAUACAAAGAGGAGGACGUGUAUGACACCCUCACCGUCGAGCUGCAGAAGAAGCCAGGGAAAGGCCUGGGGUUGAGUAUUGUUGGUAAAAGAAAUGAUACUGGAGUGUUUGUGUCCGAUGUUGUCAAAGGAGGCAUUGCAGAUGCUGAUGGGCGGCUGCUACAGGGAGACCAGAUACUGACGGUGAAUGGAGAAGACGUCCGUCAUGCAACGCAGGAAGCCGUCGCGGCUCUGCUGAAGUGUUCCCUCGGCACAGUGACCUUGGAAGUCGGAAGAGUCAAAACUGGUCCAUUCCAUUUGGAGAGGAGACCUUCUCAAAGCAGCCAGAUGAGUGAAGCCAGCCUGUCUUCAUUCACUUUUCCACUUUCGGGAUCCGGUACAUCUGAGUUACUGGAAAGUAGUUCAAAGAAGAAUGCACUGGCAUCUGAAAUACAGGGAUUAAGAACUGUUGAAAUUAAAAAGGGGCCCACUGACUCGUUGGGCGUCAGCAUUGCUGGAGGAGUGGGCAGUCCGCUGGGUGAUGUUCCUAUAUUUAUUGCAAUGAUGCACCCAAAUGGAGUUGCAGCUCAGACGCAGAAACUCAGAGUUGGGGAUAGGAUUGUCACUAUCUGCGGCACAUCCACGGAGGGGAUGACUCACACCCAGGCAGUUAACUUACUGAAAAAUGCCUCUGGCCCCAUUGAAAUGCAGGUGGUCGCUGGAGGAGAUGUGAGUGUGGUCACAGGUCAUCAACAGGAGCCUGCCAGUUCUAGUCUUUCUUUCACUGGGCUGACAUCAAGUAGUAUAUUUCAAGAUGACUUAGGGCCUCCUCAGUGCAAGUCUAUUACACUAGACCGAGGACCAGAUGGCUUAGGCUUCAGUAUAGUAGGAGGAUAUGGCAGUCCUCAUGGAGACUUACCCAUUUACGUUAAAACAGUGUUUGCGAAGGGAGCAGCCUCCGAAGAUGGCCGUCUAAAGAGGGGUGAUCAGAUCAUUGCUGUCAAUGGGCAGAGUCUGGAAGGGGUAACCCACGAAGAAGCGGUUGCCAUCCUUAAGCGGACAAAAGGCAGUGUCACUCUGAUGGUCCUCUCCUGAAUUUGCUGCCAGAAUUGAGCCACUUCAACUUCUCCCUCACAUCCCACACUAUAAAGAGAGUGAUCCUGCACAUUUUUCCCAGGCUGUCUUCACUGGGCUCUUCUAUACUGUAGGAAAAAAAAUAACAUUUAAGUUUGCUUUGUCAUAUGGAAAUAAUUUUCUUACUGACACCCUAGCAUCACUUUCCCAUUCUCUUUAUAUUUUGUGAUGUAAACUCAAAGAGAAGGGCUCUUUGUUUGCAUAGAUAAAGCUGGUCUUUCUUCCUGAAGAUACCUGACAUUUUAUAAUCAGGUGGGCAGAUUUUAAUGUGUGAUCAGUGGUUAGUAGAGAAAGAAAAAGUCACUCAAAAGCUAACCAAGGAGAAGUGGUUUCAUGAAAUUGAGGUGAAAAAUGAAAGUAUAA